AUGGAAUUUUUUUACUCAGUACCAAAUUUCAGAAAAAUAAAGAUAAAAGCGCAAUGAAGGGACAUAAAGACUUAAGUUGUUACAAGCACAUCUCUCUCGCAUCUCGCUUGCUGUGCGGGCGAGGAAGGUUGUAUGUGAUUCAUCGAGGGUUUAUCGGCCCGUCUGGUGGUUCCCUGGAUCGUCAGCUCUGCCAUUUUAUCACUCCGUAUUAUUAUUUCGUCACAGUAAGCCUCUCGAUUCGUUUUCUGGAUCCGCUGUAUAUGCGAGUAUAUAUUGUUUGCAUCCCUGUCUUGUCUGCUUGUUUACUCGACUAAUUAAUCAAUCGGAAAGAAAACAGAAAUCCAUACAAGGAUCCGCGAAUUGGAAUCAAUGGCAUUGGGGGAGAAGAAAAGCGAUAAAGAGGUGAUCCGUUUGGAGCGGGAGUCUGUGAUUCCAAUCCUCAAGCCCAGACUUAUCAUGAAUCUUGCCAAUAUCAUUGAACAUUCUUCUGACCGGGCCGAGUUUUUGAAGCUCUGCAAAAGAGUUGAAUACACAAUUCGAGCUUGGUAUCUCUUGCAGUUUGAGGAUCUCAUGCAACUCUACUCCUUAUUUGAUCCUGUGCACGGGGCUCAAAAGCUCGAACAGCAGAACUUGGGUUCAGCAGAAAUUGACGAACUUGAACAGAAUUUCUUGACAUACUUAUUUGAGAUCAUGGAUAAAAGCAACUUUAAAAUAGCUACUGAUGAGGAGAUUGAUGUUGCACAUUCCGGGCAGUAUCUUCUAAAUCUACCCAUCACAGUAGAUGAAUCUAAGCUUGACAAAGAACUCUUGAAGAAGUACUUUGCAGCUCAUACUAUGGAAAAUCUUCCUGAAUUUGCUGAUAAGUAUGUAAUCUUUCGGAGAGGAAUUGGAAUCGAUAGGACAAGUGGUUACUUUUUCUUGGAAAAAGUAGACACGAUGAUUGCACAUAUGUGGUAUUGGGUUUUGAAGAAAACAAGGUUAGAGGCCUUGUUUAGGAGAUCAAAGAGACCGCAGAGAAAAGUUCCAAAAAAAGAUGAUGAAAUCACUGAUGGAACAGAGGAUGAUGACUUAUAUGUUGAACGAAUCCGUAUUGAGAAUCUCGGAAUCAGUUUAUGCAAUCUCCUUAGCAAAAUUACGAUUCAAGAACCAACUUUUGAUAGGAUAAUUGUUGUGUACAGACUAGCCAGUACCAAAACAAAACCAGAAAGGGGAAUUUUUGUGAAGCAUUUCAAGAAUAUUCCCAUGGCUGACAUGGAGAUUGUUCUUCCGGAGAAGAAGAGUCCAAGUCUUACUCCAAUGGAUUGGGUUAAAUUCCUUAUCUCUGCAGUCAUUGGACUGGUAGCAGUUGCAGGUUCUGUUGAAUUGCCAAAAGCCGAUUUUUGGGUCUUGUUUGCAGUUCUCUCCACAGUGAUUGGAUAUGUUGCAAAAACAUAUUUCACAUUCCAACAAAACAUGGCUACAUACCAGAACCUGAUUACCCAGUCGAUGUAUGACAAACAAUUAGAUAGUGGAAGGGGUACUUUACUCCACUUGUGUGAUGACGUAAUUCAGCAAGAAGUAAAGGAGGUCAUUGUCGCAUUCUUCAUAUUGAUGGAGCAGGGGAAGGCGACCUUGCAGGAUCUUGACCUGCGAUGUGAGGAACUGAUACAGGAAGAAUUUCAGGUAAGCUGUAACUUUGAUGUUGAUGAUGCAGUAAAAAAGUUGGAGAAGUUGGGCAUUGUUACUCGGGAUACAAUUGGAAGAUACUACUUCGUAGGUCUGAAGCGGGCGAAUGAGAUUAUUGGGACUACGACGGAAGAGCUUGUUCUCAAGGCAAAGCAGGGAACUAUUGCUGCUGCUCCUUGAAAAUGCAGAUCACAAGUCUUGCCUAUUUUAUACGAUAGUAUAUCGAAUUGUUUUUGAAGAUGAUCCUGCUGCAAUCAGAUGAGCUUUGUGGUUUGAAUAUAAUGUAGAAUAAUGCAAGGGUUGUAUCCUAGUUCCUGUCUGCCAGGUGUUGUUGCUCUCUUUGUCACUUCAACCCUUUUGACAAAUUUUUCUGUAAUACAAGAGAUUAUUUUUCUGGAUUCUUUUCUGUAGUACAAGAGCUUAUUUAUUCUGAAUUCUUCAGUAGUCGAUUCAUUACUUCUACCCUAAAGAAAGGUGUGACUGUACUCCCUGAAAGGUGUGACUGUACUCCCUGGGUUCUGGGUUAUUUACUCGGCGAGUACUCGGUGAGUACUCCCUACUCGGCCUAUGACCUUGCAGAUUAGCACAUUACUCGGCCCGAGUUAUUAUUCCGAGUUACUCGCCGAGUACUCGGCGAGUUAGCCAACUCGGUCAGUGGGUCACAAAGGCGAUUUACUCGGAGUACUCGGUAUUUAAAAAAAAACAUUACCUCCGCUUGGAAAAAAUCAAAUUGAGAUUAUCCUCUUUGUUGUUUCUUAUUCUCUCUCAUGUUGCCUAUUAUAUUCUUCUCUGUAUACUGUAAUAAACUCUAAGAAUUUUGGAUUGUUCUUCGUUUGCUUGUGCUUCUUAAACUGGUGUUUUCAUUGUACAUUUUCAAGUCUUUGGCCAACUAAAGUGAAUGUAUUGAAUGUA